AUGGCUUUGCAAGACCUUGUGGACUGGAGGGGACGCCCGGUUAACCAAAAAAAGCAAGGUGGAGUCAGAGCCAGCGUCUUCAUACACUUCCUCAUUGUGAUGUCGAAUAUGGCCAACAUACCCAUGAUUAUGAACCUAGUGACCUACUUGCAUGGGACGAUGCACAUGGACGUGAAGGACGCCUCCACCACGUCCACAAACUUCUUCGGCGCCAUCUGUUUCUUCUCCUUCUUGGGUGCCUUCAUCUCCGACUCCUACAUCAAGCGCUUCUACACCAUCCUCAUCUUUGCCCCAAUCGAGAUCUUGGGGUACAUGCUCCUAGCAUACCAAGCACGCUUCCCGUCGCUUCACUCGCCGCCGUGCGACAUGAUCAACAACCCCAGCGAUUGCACUCCGGUGAGCGGCCGCAACCUGAGCCUGCUCACGCUGGGCCUAUACCUGAUCCCCGUCGGCGAGAGCUCAGUGCGCACGUGCGCGGCGGCGCUGGGCGGCGACCAGUUCGACGAGGACAGCCCGGCGGAGCUUCCCGGCAAGAUCAGCUUCUUCAACUGGUUCGAGAUCAGCAUAUCGCUGGGAGCGAUGGUUGGGGUCGUCUUCUUGGUGUGGGUGCAGGACAACGCCGGAUGGGACCUUGGCUUCGCGCUCGCUGCUCUCAUGGUGCUCGUCGGCACGCUCGGCGUCGCCGUCGGCCUGCCGUUGUACCGGCACCAGAAGCCCGCGGGGAGCCCCAUCACGAGAAUCCUUCAGGUUUUCGUGGCGGCGUUUAGGAAGAGGAAGCUACGGGUGCCUGAGAAUCUGAUGGAGAUGCAUAGUACGGUCACUGACGGCACUGGCACGAGCGUUGAAUCUAUGGAUAGAACUGCUGGCUUUAUGUUCCUUGACAAGGCGGCGGUGGACGACGGCAACACGCGGGCGUGGUCGCUGUGCACGGUGGCACAGGUGGAGGAGGCCAAGACCCUCCUCCGCAUGAUUCCCAUCUUCCUCAGCUCCAUCCUCGCCUACAUCCCGUUCUCGCUGCUCCUCUCGCUCACCGUGGAGCAGGCAGGGACCAUGGACACCAGGCUCGGCGGCAUCACCGUCCCCCCGGCGAGCCUCACCGUCAUCCCCGUCGCGGUCCAGAUCCUCAUCUUGCUGGUCUACGACCGCGCCGUCAUGCCGUGGCUGCGGCGAGCCACGGGGUACGCCGGCGGCCUGACGCACCUGCAGCGCGCGGGGGUCGGGUUCGCCUCCAGCGUCCUGGCCAUCGCCACGGCCGCCGCGGUCGAGGGCCGCCGCCGCAGGAGGAGCGGCCCGCCCAUGUCGGCGUUCUGUCUGGCGCCGCAGCUCGUCCUCCUCUGCGUCUUGGACGUCACCUCCUUCGUCGGCCUGCUCGAGUUCUUCUACAGCGAGGUGUCCGCGGGCAUGAAGUCCAUCGGCGGCUCCCUCGUCUUCUGCAUCCUCGGCGUCGCGUCGUGGCUGGGGAGCUUACUUAUCCAGGUGGUCAACGACGUCACCGCUCGCCGUGGUGGUGGCAGCAGCGGGCGCGGCCAUGGGUGGCUCGGCGGCGCCAACCUCAACGCCAGCCGCCUCGAUCUCUUCUACUGGCUCCUUGCAGUGCUGGGGCUCGUCUCUUUCGGUCUCUACGUGCUCUGCGCGUGGAGCUACACCUAUAGGCAUGAUCCCAGGAUGCAAGCCACCACAACGGAUGGUUCUGAUGUAGCCGAUCAACACACCUGCUGA